AGGUGGGGGAGCUUCCAGAACCUCUUCAGCCUCCUUGUCCCGAAAAUACAAAACACAACCAAACCACCAACAGGCGCAUCAAGAAGUUGACAGCAGCGACAUAAAAUCACAAACCACCCAAUUGGACUCACUACAAUAUAUAUCUACCGAUAAUUCCAUACGCAUAAGCAUCAGCCCAUCGAUUCGACAACUUCACAUCAGCAUGGAUAACAACGCCCAACCCCAAGGGCAACUACAGCUCCAAUCCCAAAUGGACAUCGACAUCCACGAACCCUUUACAACCGCCGAGCACAUUCAGCAACUCAGCAACAUCGACAAUGACAUCGUCUCCCUUCUCGAACUAACCUCCAACGCCCUCCGCUGCCUCGCCUCCCCACCACCCACAUCAUCCGACACCCAGAACCAAACCGAAGCCGAACAACAAAAACAACAACAAGAAGAACAAGACCAAGAAGACGCUACAACCCGCUUCACCCAAAUCCAAUCCACCUUCCUCUCCACCCUCGACCGCGUCGACAAGCAACUCCGUCGACAAAUCUACGCCAUGGAAGAAGCAGGCAUCAUCAACCUCCGCUCUUCCUCCUCCAACUCCAACCCCAACAACCCCGACGACGACGGUACCGGCGGUCCAGGCGAACCCAGUGCUUCCAACAAACCCGGCGGUUACGCGGCCGCUUCUGCACCCAAAAACCCCGGCGAACUCACGCGCCCAGCCAAGAUCGAGACGCACCGCGGCGCCAAGUGGGUGCGGCCCGUGGUGGCACGACUGGACCCGGACGGUGUGGGGAGGUAUGGGAAUCUGGAUGUAGGGAGGAUGAAUAUGGCGAUUGAUACCGUGGAGAGGGAUAUGGAACGGGAGCUGUGGCUGAGGGCGAGGGAGCAUGCGGAGAGAGUGGUGAAGGAGAAAGGAGUUCCUGCUGCUGGUGUGGGGCCGCUUGGUGCAGGUGGUGUGAUUAAGAAGGAGGAGGAAGGAGCGGAUCGGAUGGAUGAGGAUUAGAGGUCUUGUUCCCUUGGUGUUGGUAACGCUGAGGGCGCGGUUAUCCAGGAAGCAGGAGCAGCAGAGCGAAUGGACGAGGGCUUGAUGGGAGCCGAUCAGAUGGAUGAGGACCGGAUGUCUGAAACCGAGGAGUUCUACACGCCGUUCGAGUAUUUUUGAUUUACUCGGACGUUGCACAUCAUGGCAGGAGCGAUUUUCAGGAUUCGUACGACAGGUGGCUUGCUUGGUUGGUUUUUUCGGAUGCAUGUCUAUCAGGAGUUUGGGACUAUGAAACAUGAUCAAAUUUGGCAUUACGGUGGGUUUUCAGGCGUUAGGUCGUUGUUCUAGUGAGCUUUACACUGGGUUGCUGUUGAUAGGAUUAUCAUAGGAUAUCAUCACAUGUAGUUUACACAUCAGUGAAAUCCGAAACUCCAACGAAGGAGUGUGUAAGGAGUUCAAUUUUGAUGAGAACCGAAACUAUGGGCAGGAAUUCCCAUCCAUCAGCCAGUCAAACUGCUCAUCAUCCAGAUGGGCCACCGAACAAGACCGAAUAUGUAGGAGAAAUCCUAUUACCCUAAGAUCACUCGAUUCAUCACUCGUCGACUAGGACCAAAGCACCUCAAUUCCUUUUUACGUAUCAAGGUUUGGCGCGCCUCCAGGCUUGUAAGGACCUCUAUGCUCCCCUGCCGCCCAAAAAUAUCCGAAGUACUUCAACGGUCGAAUGGACCUCUAGGCCGUAGAGCUCUGGCACCGUCUGUCGUAAC